AUGGCUUUCGAACCUUCACUCUCCACCAGUGGCAUGCGCCCACCGCUUGCUUCAGCGGAUGCGCCAUCGAUGGCAGACUCGCUGCCCAGCAUCAACUUUGGGUUCGAGGACCUCCGCAACAGCAUGGCUCAAUUCACAGUCAAAUUCGAUGCAUUCAUUGAACGUGGGCGGAAGCGAGUUUUGGAAGAGCGCAACCAGUUUCACAUUAACUUGGCUGAGUAUGAAGAGGACGAGCGCAUGCGCCAGCGCGAUAUCGAAAUCCUCAACCUGAAAUCCCAAACCCAUGAACAGACACUCCAGAAAGAGGCGGCCGAGGCGGCCGAAAUGCAUGCGGCGAUUUCACAAAUCACUCUGGAGCGGGACACUCGCCUGACCAAACGUGAUCGGCUGAAGCAGCAGAUCGCCGAGACCCAGAAGGCGAUUGCUCAGAAAUUGGAAGCACAGAAGGCGCAUGCUCAAAGUUUGGAUGCACAAUCGCGUCUCAAUUUCCCGGAGUUGGAAUUUUGGCAGGAUUACCUUUGUAUUCGCAUCGAGGGCGCGGGGCGCGAGGACCGACUCAAGUUUGUUUAUAGCCACCUCCUCGAGAAAGACUGGGAGGCUGAGGCUUGGUUUGAACUUGGAACUGCCAGUCGCGACUACGAGGUAUUCCAUUCGCGCCCUAAGCUAGAUCGAGACGCACUGGAGCAUGUUGUCGAUCUCGUCAACGACGAUCGGGACUUUGGAGCGUUCUUGAAGCGCAUGCGCAAGUUGUUUGUUGAUACAAUGAACUAG